AUGGUCAGGGUCGUGCCGAUCGACUCGGGCGUGAAGAGCAUUGAGUGGACAUCCACAGAUGUUGCUGUGAUCAGGGAGCAGAGCAAGGAAAAGUUGACGUACAUCGACGCGAACGAGACAAAGCACGAGCUCGAGUCUGAGAUGUGGACCCUGCCCACGGAGCUGGGCGAGGACGGGAACCUCCACAUGAGCAUGCAGAUGCACACAAACAUGGUCGGGAUCAUGUUCUUGUUCCAGGGGAAGCAGUCGUAUGAUCCUAGGUGCAGGAAUGAGAUCAUGACCGCGUACAUUAUCAACGAGAUCCCUCGCAUGUACGUGACCGAGCAGAUCGCCAUGAGGUCGAAUACGGACAUGUGCAUCAAGGUCGGCCUGCCCGUGCUCGCGAGCAUCAUCGACUACGCGAACAUCGACACGAGUGAGAUCAUGACCACGGACAUGUACAUCUGGGCAGACGCAGUCUGGCGGCCGGGCGGAUGCAGCCCUAUGAUCACCUGCAUGGUCACCAACGCGAGCACAAGCACAUCCUUGAGCACGGAGGCUAUCACGGUCAUGGAGGGGAACAUGAUGGCGUCCUUGGUCAGGUUGCAGUUCGAGAUCGAGAAUGUGAACGCGGACAUGAGGAGGCUCAGGGGCGUCAUCAUGAGCGCCCACAUGGAGUUUCCCACGAGGGGCUACUCGUGCCCACACCCAAUCUCAAGGACAUAG